AUGAUAAUGCGCAAAAGCCGAUCGGGCAAUCGCUUGGCUUCUCACGAUGCUCAACGAAAAGCCUGGGACUUUGGAGAAAUGAUGAACGAUGAUUCCUUGACAUCUUGGGCGGAUCACAGCGACUCGAGUCUGACAUUCAACUCUUCGACGUCGUCCUUUUCCAGCCCCAAGCCAUCUCCUCGCCUCAUUCGACAGCAACGAAUGAGUGUCGCCACCGAUAUGUUGAAACGAAGCAUUCACAGUUUUGAUCGCUUAAUACUCGAUGCCUCCAGUUCCUCCUUGUUGGGGAACUUGUCCAAUGACUAUUUGGAAGGAGGAGAAGAGCAACAACACGAACACGAAGAAGAAGACGCAGCACAGCGAGCCACCGUCGCAGAACAAGUGGCACGAGAAGAAUUGCCCGUCAUUGUGGUACGCAGCAACUGUGGAAUUGCAUCCAGAAGAAGACGAACUAGCCAAGGAAACAAGGGCGGUGAUCCCAUGUCCAACUCUUCGUCGUCCAGAAGGAGAUCCCGUCGUCGCGAAGGCAGUGGCAAGUCACGACGACGCUCCGAUCAACCACAAACUCAUUUAGAGCUGCAAAUCCCAGAUAUGUAUACAUAG